AUGGCCACGUUAGAGACGUUGCCCGUUCUUAGUGACCCAACCUACCCCAGCCCGGAGAACUUCCACGGUUUUGCUCCCCGGCCAUCCCAACCCAUCUCCCAGAGCACCAUGGGAAGCGUGGGCAGCGGAGUCGCCAAUGACCAAGAGUUCGCCAUGAAGAGCGUGGGGACCCGGACGCAGAGCAGCGGCCGGCAGACGGAGGGGUCUCGCAACGGGUACUCCACGCGGGAGAUCUCCAACCGCUACUCCGGCGAGGAGAAGACAUACAAGUCGGAGAAGGUCUCCAAUUCCCUCUACAUCAACGGCGACCUGCGCAAGAGCGAGAAGGUGAAGAUGGACAUCUGCGGGAACGUGACCACCAACAACGAGAAGAACAUGCCGCCUCCUCCCCAAUACAGAGAGCCCAGUAACCCACCAAAGAUAUUGCCAAUCUCCGGCAAACUAGACCAGAGCAAUGAGCCCUUAGUUAGACCCUCAGCCUUUAAACCAGUAGUUCCUAAAAACUUCCAUUCCAUGCAGAACCUCUGCCCGCCGCAGAGCAACGGAGUGACAGAGAAUAGAAAGAGCUUGAACCAUGCCAACAGCAAUAGCCCGUCCGCACCCAAAAGUGGACUCGACAAGAGCAGCCUUAACAGGACUACAAACCAAGUGGGGGGCCUUUCGGAUUCAGGCCGUAACUCGUUAACGAGCCUGCCCACAUACGGGACAGGCUACAGCCAGCACGUGGGUCCAAUGAGCGCCUCCACGAGCCACAUCAACCGCAUCGGUACAACCUACGUGGACAAGAACAUCGUGGGAUACAACGGGAUAUCUACCUCAGACAGCGGACGGUCUUCGAGCAAGAGCACCUCUUCGUUCAACAGACUGAACCAUCUCAACGAAACGAUGCCUUUCCACUCGCCUUCAACAGACGACAUCAUCCAAGACCUGGAAGACCGGCUGUGGGAGAAGGAGCAGGAGGUCCUCCAGAUGCGAAGAAACUUGGACAAAAGCGAGGCAGCCAUCUUCCAAGUGUUUGAGGAGAAGCAGAAGAUCUGGGAGAGGGAAAUGGAGGACCUGAGGCAAAACUAUGCCAACAAAUUGCAACAGGUCUCGAAAAAGGCGCAGCGGGCUCAGCAGGCCUUGCAGCUCCAGAUCUUCAAGCUCCAGCAAGAGAAAAAAAAACUCCAAGAUGAUAUGGGACAACUCCUCCAACAACGAGAGGAGCUGGAGAAGAAAUUUGUGGCUUUCAAGAAGGAGCAGGCUGAGUUUCUCCCAAAGAUUGAAGAGACCAAGUGGGAGGUGUGCCAGAAGGCAGGUGAGAUCUCCCUGCUCAAGCAGCAGCUGAAGGACUCCCAAGCGGAUGUCUCCCAGAAGCUGAACGAGAUCGUGGGACUGCGGACGCAGCUCAAGGAAGGUAAGAACUUCCUACGGGAGAAGGAGGAGCAGAUCCUCACCCUGAAGGACUCCUACAGCUCCAAGAGUGUCAACCUGGAGAUUUGCGAGAGUGAGCUGCAGCGGAAGAUGAGCGAGGUCCAGGUGCUGAGGGAAAAACUGAACCACUGUGAGCUGGAGGUCUCCGGCCUGAAGCGGACACUUGCCAGCAUGGGACCUCCAGGACCUUUUGGUGGGGACCUUGGUGAGAAGCUGCGGGACCCGCUGGCCUGCGAGAGCGACGAAGCCAAGAUGCAGCGGCAGAGCGAGGACAGCGUCAACACGCUGCGGAAGGAGGUGGAGCGGCUCCAGACGGAGCUGAAGCUGGAGCGGCAGCAGCGGGAGCAGCAGGUGAUGGACUUCGAGGAGGAGCGGCGCACAUGGCAAGAAGAGAAGGAGAAAGUCAUCAAGUACCAGAAGCAGCUGCAACUGAACUACGUGGAGAUGUACCAGAAGAACCAGCUCCUGGAGCACAAGGUGAACGAGAUGAACACGAAGGCCACCAGCCCCCCACACACCGAGGAGAAAAAACCAUGGACUCCCUCCAGACUCGAGCGAAUAGAGUCCACUGAGAUCUGA